AUGGCCCAGGAAUUUCUCGACCAACUUCUUCGGAUGGAAAACACCGUAAAAGUCGACGAGCAGGAAACCUGCAUGGUGUGUCUUGAAUCAUAUGGAACGCUCAACUCAUCUACCGGCGCUAUCGAAGUUCAAGUCCGCCUACCAUGCAGCCAUCUAGUGGGAACCAUCUGCAUUGCGACAUGGCUUCGAGAUAACAACAGCUGCCCUGCUUGCCGGGCAACCUUUUUCCCUGCGCAACCGCGGCCGUAUCUCGAGUAUGGAAUCAUAAACGACCGACCGUCCGCAAAUACUCGGAGGAUGGGAGGUCCCGAUGAAAGGGUUACGCUUGAGAUUUGCGACUGGCUCUGCGAGGAGCUUAACCUUGCCAGCGAAGUGAGUUCGAUGGCUCAGUCAAUCACUCACCCUUUAUCGCGAAUGCUCCGGGGACACUUUCACUCACCAGAGUGCAAAGCCGCCGUAAGCGUCUUCAUUGCGUGGCUUCUCUUAAAUCCAGGCUUUGGGGCUGGUUCGGUCGAUAUCCUUCUUCCAGACAUGACACAUAGAACGCGGGUAGGCGAAGAACAUAUUCGCUCUACAUAUCGUCACAUCUACCCCAACCGAAUGGAACUCAUUGAAUCGGAUCUUCUCCCUGGCCUUGCUAGACUUCACAUGGAGGGUAUUCUAGCAUUCUUGCCUUCUCCCAAUCCCGAAGACAGUAUCGCCAGCAGCGAAGAAGAAGAAAACGACAGAGAAGACGAAAUCAGCGAACGUGAAUUAGGAGAUCUCGCGGAGAUCCGUGAGCAGCUUUGUGCAGCAGUAGGAGGAGAUGAGGAUCUUUCUGAAAUCGUCGAAGAUCUUGCGGAGCAGAUUCUCAAUACAAUGGACGACGAGUCAGAACUGGCUGAUCGCUCUGAACAGCUCCGGGGAGCCGUAUGCACGUUCAUGGCUUGUCAUCUUAUGGGCGCCGAGAUCUCGUAUAGCGACGUUGCGCGUAUACACGGCGUGAGUGAGCGUCUUCUUCGCGAAGCUUACGCUUACAUCUUUCCUCGACGCAACAACCUCAUUGAACCCGAGACAACUGAGACCAUGGGUAUUGGCAACCUCGAAAGGGUUCUUGGCGCCUUACCAGCUUUGAACUGGCCAUUUCUAUACUUGUAG